UGCGUGGCAACUGACCACGCCUGCUAAGUGACUCAAAGACACGCGCUUCCGUUGUUUCCAGGAAGUUGUGGGCUCCUGGUCCUGCCCGGGACGGAGGCGGAAGCUCAGCGUUUGGAGCGGGGCCGCGUUACUGCUGUGCAUCAGCCCAUGGCGGCCUACUCCUACCGUCCAGGCCCGAGCGCAGGCCCUGGCCCUGCUGCCGGAGCUGCGCUGCCAGACCAGAGCUUCCUGUGGAACGUCUUCCAGCGGGUUGAUAAAGACAGGAGUGGAGUGAUUUCAGACAAUGAGCUUCAGCAAGCAUUAUCCAAUGGUACUUGGACUCCGUUUAAUCCAGUGACUGUUAGAUCAAUCAUUUCUAUGUUUGACCGAGAAAACAAGGCUGGUGUGAACUUCAGUGAAUUUACAGGUGUGUGGAAAUACAUCACAGACUGGCAGAAUGUCUUCCGCACCUAUGACAGGGACAACUCUGGCAUGAUUGACAAGAACGAGCUCAAGCAAGCACUCUCAGGCUACCGGCUCUCUGAUCAGUUCCAUGACAUCCUUAUCCGAAAAUUUGACAGACAAGGACGAGGGCAGAUCGCAUUUGAUGACUUCAUCCAGGGCUGUAUCGUCUUGCAGAGGUUGACAGACAUAUUCAGACGCUAUGACACGGAUCAAGACGGCUGGAUUCAGGUGUCUUAUGAGCAAUAUCUCUCCAUGGUCUUCAGCAUCGUAUAACCAGGCCCUGUGAACAGCAAGCACAGCAUGCAAAGACUGGAAAUGCCAAAUCCCUUACCUGUGCUGAAACAGGGCACAAGUGCAGUUAGAUGCUGUUCUUCCUGUAGGCUGUAUAAUUACUACCUUGGGGACCUGGCUGUACAUAUGUGAAUAAGCUGAUUAGUGAUUCUGUAGUGGCACCCUAGCUACACUGUUAUAAUACAAACCUUGCGUUUGCUGACUAAUUGUGCCAUGAGGUGAAACCUAAUAAUGGUUCAGGAUUCAGAUCUCAAACUAUCAUGUUCUCUUCUAGAUGUCUGUAAUCCUGUUGUUGAAAUGCUUUUAUUAGCCAAUAGGAUUUUAAAAUAAUAUGGAACUUGCACAGAAGGCUUUUCAUGUGCCUUACUUUUUUAAAAAAGAGUUUAUGUAUUCAUUGGAAUAUGUAACAUAAACAAUAAAGUAAUGAUAUAGACUGUUGCCUA